AUGGCUUCAACCAAGUUCUUCCUCUUCCUGGCCGCCGCCGUCGUGGCGGUCAUCGCCAGCGCGACGGCCCAAGGCGGACCGUGCCCGGGCGGCUUCUGGCCCGACGGCAGCGGCUGCUGUCCGUUGAUCAUCAAGGGCAGCCCCUUCUACCGCGACCAGAACAACCAGUGCUACCCCAGGCAGAUCGGCUCCAGCAUCUUCUACGCCGACUCCAACGGGUAUGUGUCGGCGGGCGAGUCGUGCCCGAGUGACCAGAAGUGCCAGUCGAUGUGCGUGAAGCCCGGCGGCAGCUCCUCGACCACGACCAAGUCGCGCACCACGACCCACAAGCAGAGCACGACCACCCAGGAGCGGACCACCACGCCCAGGCGCACCACCACCAGGCAACAGACCACCACGCCGCAGGAGACCACCACCACUCAGCAGCAGACCACCACUCAGCAGCAGACGACGACCCAGCAGCAGACCACUACUCAGCAGCAGACCACCACGCAGCAGCAGACGACCACCCCUCGUGAGACCACCACGACCAAGGAGGUGACGACGACCAAGCAGCAGACCACGACUCCUCGUGAGACCACCACGACUAAGCAGCAGACCACCACUCCUCGCGAGACGACUACUACCCAGCAGGAGACCACCACGACCAAGCAGCAGACCACCACCCCUCGUGAGACCACGACGACCAAGCAGCAGACCACGACUCCUCGCGAGACCACCACUACCCAGCAGGAGACCACCACGACUAAGCAGCAGACCACGACUCCUCGCGAGACCACCACGACCACCGAGGAGUGCCCCAAGGAGACCACCACUACCAAGAGGCACACCACGACUCCUCGUGAGACCACGACAACCAAGCAGCAGACCACGACCCAGCAGGAGACCACGACGACCAAGCAGCAGACCACGACCCCGAGGGAGACCACCACGACCCAGCAGGAGACCACCACGACCAAGCAGCAGACCACUCCCCGCGAGACCACCACGACCAAGGAGAUGACCACCACUCCUCGCGAGACGACCACCACCAAGCAGGAGACCACGACUACCAAGCAGCAGACCACCACUCCUCAGGAGACCACCACUACCAAGCAGCAGACCACCACUCCUCGUGAGACCACCACGACCCAGCAGGAGACCACCACGACCAAGCAGCAGACCACCACCCCUCGGGAGACCACCACGACCCAGCAGGAGACCACCACGACCAAGAAGCAGACCACCACCCCGAGGGAGACCACCACGACCAAGCAGCAGACCACGACCCAGAAGCACGCCCAGUGCCCCGGCGACAAGAAGAAGGACCGCAACGGGUGCUGCCCGCGUCUGAUCAACGGCAAGUGGUACUACCGCGACGGCCGCGGCUGCUACCCGACCCAGACCCCCAAGGGCGUGUUCUACGCCGACGGCAAUGGGUGCUACCCCAACGACCACGGCGUCUACCUGAAGGCCGGCCAGAGCUGCCCCCACGAGCGCAAGUGCAUGGCCGAGUGCGACUGCGGCUACAGCUCGAGCUACGACGAGAGGGACUACCACGAUAACGUGGAGUUCGAGUACGCCGAGGAGAUGGAGAUGGAGGAGGAGUACUAA